AUCCUCUAAAUGAUAUUUAAUUUUCAAGAAAUAUUUACUUAAAUAAAAAUAAUUUAUUUAGUAAAUUAUAUAUUAUGUUUAUUGAUUUUUAAUGAUCUAAAUAAGAUACUCCUAUAUUUAUAUAUUUAUGGUAAGGUGACAUUUAUUUUGAGACGAAUUAGGACUAAGUAAAUAAGUGUAAUUUUUAAUAUUCCAACCAACCCUGGAGGUCGGCUAUAUAUUCAGUGCAAAAUUAGUCUGCCAUUCAUCAUCUUCUUAUAGAUAUAUUUGAGAAUUUUUAGAAUUAGAAUUCUAUUUCCAUCAUGUCUCUGCUUUCAGAUCUUAUCAAUCUAAAUCUCUCUGAAACAACUGACAAAAUUAUUGCUGAAUAUAUAUGGAUUGGUGGAUCAGGCAUGGACAUGAGGAGCAAAGCCAGGACUCUCCCUGGUCCAGUUACCGAUCCUUCAAAACUUCCGAAAUGGAACUAUGAUGGUUCCAGCACCGGUCAAGCUCCCGGGGAAGAUAGUGAAGUGAUCCUAUAUCCACAAGCAAUCUUCAGGGAUCCAUUCAGAAGAGGCAACAAUAUCUUGGUCAUGUGUGAUGCCUAUACUCCUGCUGGUGAGCCCAUUCCAACUAACAAGAGGCACGCUGCUGCCAAGAUCUUCAGCCACCCUGAUGUUGUUGCUGAAGAAACCUGGUAUGGCAUUGAGCAAGAAUAUACCUUGUUGCAAAGGGAGGUUAACUGGCCUCUGGGAUGGCCCAUCGGAGGUUUUCCUGGACCACAGGGACCAUACUACUGUGGAACCGGAGCUGACAAGGCCUUUGGGCGUGACAUAGUGGACGCCCACUACAAGGCCUGUCUUUAUGCUGGUAUUAACAUCAGCGGUAUCAAUGGAGAAGUCAUGCCCGGACAGUGGGAAUUCCAAGUUGGACCUGCUGUUGGCAUCUCAUCCGGUGAUGAAGUGUGGGUAGCUCGUUACAUUCUUGAGAGGAUUGCAGAGAUUGCCGGAGUGGUCGUGUCAUUCGACCCCAAGCCUAUUCCGGGCGACUGGAACGGGGCUGGUGCUCACACAAACUACAGCACCAAGUCCAUGAGGGAAGACGGAGGCUAUGAAGUCAUCAAGAAGGCCAUUGAAAAGCUUAGCCUGAAGCACAAAGAGCACAUUGCUGCAUAUGGUGAAGGCAACGAACGUCGUCUCACUGGAAAGCACGAAACAGCCAACAUCAACAGCUUCAAAUGGGGGGUUGCAAACCGUGGUGCAUCAGUCCGUGUUGGAAGGGACACAGAGAAGGCAGGCAAGGGAUACUUCGAGGACAGAAGGCCUGCCUCAAACAUGGACCCCUACGUUGUUACCUCCAUGAUCGCGGAGACCACCAUCCUCGCGAAGCCUUGAAGAUUUUUACUAUUACUUGCUGCUCGAAGGAUCGCUUGUUUCUGGUUUGCACAAUGUGGGAUAGGAGGAAACAUUGAAUUGUCGAACGAACCCUUUCGACUUCAUAUGUGUUAUUUUAGUUAUAUAGGGUAGUCGUCUCUGUCUUUGCCAUUCUUAUUGUUAUUUGCCAGUUGAAGUUGUGUAUUUUCUUACAGCAAGGCCUAUGAUUUGGCAAAUGCUGUUUACAAACAAUGUUAAUUCUUAUUAUUAAUAACAAAAAUAUUGAAAGGGUUUGUGGUUCUA